AUUUAAAUGCUUGCAGAGCAGUGUGUUUUAGUUCUUAGGCUGCUUAGAGUGAGCAUUCUGGGCGGGAAACGGCAGACUUAAUAAAUUAAUGAAGUAUAUGGUAUAUUAGUUAUAAGUGCUAUGGAGAAAAGAAAAUAGGACAGGUACUAGGGUUAAGGCAUUUUUAAAUAGAGUUAUCAAGUCAAUGAGACCUGCCUUUUGAGCACAGACUUGGAGGCUGAAGAAAAUAGCCGUAUAGAUGCCUGAGUGUAAGCGUUCCAGGCGAAGGGAGCAGCCAAUUUCUAGGCCCCAAGUCGGCUUGUUGAAGGACUUGCAAGGAGGCUCUUGAAGAACAAGAUUUGUUUUCGAACUUCUCUCAAUAAGACUGUGAGAAAUUAAGUAACAGUAAGAAAAAUGUCGGUGACACUGCAUACAGAUGUAGGUGAUAUUAAAAUAGAAGUCUUCUGUGAGAGGACACCCAAAACAUGUGAAAAUUUCUUGGCUCUCUGUGCCAGUAAUUACUACAAUGGCUGUAUAUUUCAUAGGAAUAUCAAGGGUUUCAUGGUUCAAACAGGAGAUCCUACAGGUACCGGAAGAGGAGGUAAUAGUAUCUGGGGCAAGAAAUUUGAGGAUGAAUACAGUGAAUAUCUUAAGCACAACGUUAGAGGUGUCGUAUCUAUGGCUAAUAAUGGCCCAAACACCAAUGGAUCUCAGUUCUUCAUCACCUAUGGCAAGCAGCCACAUUUGGACAUGAAAUACACAGUAUUUGGAAAGGUAAUAGAUGGUCUGGAGACUCUAGAUGAAUUGGAGAAGUUACCAGUAAAUGAGAAGACAUAUCGACCUCUUAAUGAUGUACACAUUAAGGACAUAACUAUUCAUGCCAACCCAUUUGCUCAGUAGCUAUACUGGACACGGACAAAAACUUGGCAAAUAUUUGAGGGACAUACCUAUCGUGGUUAGCCAAUUUUUGUUUGUUUGUUUUUUUGUUUUUAAGGAGGGCACAGUUCACAGUCGCCCAUGCAGGGACCAAACCGGCAACCUUGGUGUUAUUAGCAUCACGCUCUAACCAACUGAGCUAACCAGCCACCUGGUUUUCCCUGUUUUAAUUAUGUCAGAGAGUAUAUCAUCCUGCUUGUUUACAACUAAGAUCUAUGAAUUAGUGGUACCAAGGGGAGCCAAACAGCUUUUACUCCCAUCCUUAGAGCAUAUUCUUUACUAUAACUAUUGUCCAAUGUACUUAAGUUUAAUUUUUUUAAAAAACCUUCUGGUUUUUCUUGUUGUUACAACAUAUAAACAUUCAUUUUUAAAUGCUGAGACCCCUGUCAGGCAUUUUUGAGCACCCUCAUUAUAUACUCCUAC